AUGGCUGAAAAGAGCUCCGCUCCGAGCAGCCUUGGCGGCUCAAGGAGCAGCAGCUGGAGCAGCCUCCCCCCGCCCUCCUCCGCUGCAUUCGGGGAGGAGGCGGCGGUGCAGCUCCUGGAACGAUGCGGCUGGGACGCUACGAAGGUUCGGAGCCGAUGCCUCCAAGGCCUUUGGAGUGGUCUCGGCAACGUUUACGAGGUUGAGUGUGAGCUGAACGGACAUCCAGCUGGGGCAAUAGUGAAGCUCAUUGACUGGAGGGAGGCCAGCGGACCCUGGCUCCACCGCGAGCUGAAGACCUAUGAGGUGGAGGCCUUGUUCUAUGAGACUUAUGCCCAACGUCUUCGCGCCCUGGGUGCAUGCUGCCCCGAGCUGUUGUUACUGGACAGGAGCGAUCGGGCCCUCACUUUGGCCAUCUCGAGGCUCCGCGGCGAGGCCGUGAGGAAGUUGAGCCCAGCAGCGACGGAUCAAGCCCUUCAGUGGCUGGCUCGACUGCAUGCAGAGUUCUGGGGAGUCCGUGCAGAGGCUGCUGUCGCAGCAGGUCUGCACGAAGUGGGCUGUUUCUGGAGUCUGGACAACUGCCGGGAUCAGCUCUCAAAUCUCCCACAGGAUGGCUUUGGCCAGAGGCUUCUCUUGGCAGCGGAUGCCGUGGACGAACGUUUGAAACUGGAGCCGCAGAGCAUCUGCCAUGGCGACUGCAAAGAUCACAAUAUGUGCCUUCACGAUGGUAUCAUCGGCAUGUUCGACUUUCAGUGGACUGGAAAAGCAUGCAUCGGAAAGGACAUCGCCUACUGCCUCAUAUGCGCUUCAGGCCAGCUUAGUUCGGCUGACGAAGCUUCUUAUUUGGCUACCUACCACCGGGCCUUGUCGGAGCAGCUCUCGAUGAGACAGGAGCCUGCCCCAACGCUGGAGCAGGUCGCUGCUUGCUAUCGCCUGGCGCUCCUGGACCUGGCGCGAUGGAUGGCCGGCUGCCCUUAUGGCUGGUGGGGCCACGGGCGGGUUCUGAAACACGCAGCGAAGGAAGUGCUGCGAACCCUGGACGGCGGGGAGGAGACGGAGGCCUGUCCCAAGGGCAAAGUCCGCAUGAUCUAUUCCGGCGGGAAGUCCAACCAGAAUGGCAUGAGUAACGGGCCAGAGGAUGAGUCCGGCGCCAGCGCGCCUGUGCACACCUACCAUGCCAUCAAGAACACCGACCUUGCCAGCUCCAAAAAGUACCAGGAGGCUGCCAAAAAGGCCCUCUGCGAGGUACCACCGAUCAGGCUGAAGUGCGAGGGCGGGAAGAUGCCCAAGUGCUAUGAUGCUGACUGGAAACCACCGCCGGAGCCGCCGAAGCCGAAGUUCCGCUUCUGCUCCUUCCUAAACCCAACGCCGCCAAAGCCGACGCGGCCCCCUGUGGUCACUUUCCAGAUCGCCAAACAAUCGGUGGGCGGCGUCUGCAAGAAAGACGAGCCCCCGCCGGGGGCUGGCGUAGACGAGGCAGGGCCGCACAAGAUCCGCAGGAAGAGCGGGCGGGGUGACAGCGGCAAGCCCCCCGUCGAAGAAGCCCUGCGCGUUCAGGGGGUCUUGAACUUCCCGCGAUAUUUCGGAAGGCUUCAGCAGCUGACGGUCGCGCUGAUCCAGGGAACGGCCAUGGGAGCAGGGAGCCUUGCUGGCAUCGGCCUCGUGUGUGCUUGCGACUAUGUGAUCUCCGUGAAGAGUGCAUUCUUCACGAUGAGCGAAACCAAGCUAGGAGCUGUGCCCGCCACUGCCUUGCCUUACAUCACCAGGCGGUGUACCUUCAUUAAAAAUGUGUAUCAGCUCGUCCUUGCCGGGGCGAACUUGUCAUCAGAAAUAGCCGAGGAGUAUGGUUUCGUCGACAAGGUGGUCGACGAAAUCAAAGACCUUGAGACCGAGUGCCAAGCUGUUUGUGACCGAAUGACACUUUGCGCACCUGGAGCUGUGGCUGCCACCAAAGACGUGGUCAUGAACACGGUCGGUGUGCCCCCAUCUUCCUUCAUGAUGAACUACGUGGCAGGAAUCGUUGCGGACAUCCGCGCAGGCCCAGAGUGCAAAGCUGGGAUGCAAGCUGUGGUGAACAAGACUCGGCCGAAAUGGGCCGACACGCCAAUUGCGCCGUGA